UUUUUCAAACUCUUGCGAGAGAUGACUUUGAACGACUACUUUUCUUUUCUGAAUGUUUCUGGCUGCUCGAUGCUCGCUACUUUUCAAUCCCUUCCACAUCAAAUCUCUCUCUCUCUCUCUCUCUCUCUCAUGUGUCCCCACCCCAUCUGCACCGCUAACACGCAUAAACCAUAAGAAGCCGAACUGAAUAGAAUAUAUAUAGAUGGAAAGCACACCCUCCACAGCUGAGGCUUAGAUGCCCCCCCGCUCCUCCAUCGAUCUCACUCAUGGACUUCGUCUUUCUCCUUAGCGCCGAGGCCCGCGGGCGCUUCCUCCAGAGCGCAGCGCGGAUACUUGGAUGUUCGUAUAUUUGCCUGUGGAGACCGCUCCCCCUCCAAUCCAACCACCUGGCCUCCGUGGAUGGAUGGCACCAUGAGGACGACCAUACCCAUCGGAGCUGCUCGCCAGGCAGCGUCUCCCGGAGGCUCUUCAAGGCCUACCGGGAAUCCUUCUUCAGCAUCGACAGCGGUUGUGUCCCUGGAUCGGCAUACAAGGGAGGGUUGGCAUAUAUCGAGCUAGGGGAAUCGGAGCUAAUGAUCUCGGCGUGCGUGCAAAUCCAGCGGCAGUUCUAUCAGGAAGCUGGAAUUAAGAUCGCUGUUUUUAUGGGAUGCGGAAGCGGGGAGAUUGAAUUAGGAAUGACAACGUUGAGUAAUGGGCAGAUGCGCACGCGAAUGCACAUCCAACAAGUGUUCUCCGAGGACUACAUCCAACAUUCGCUUUUAGGGGAUCCAUUCCCGGCGCCCGACCAGGGCAGGCCCUCAUCAUCUUCAUCCUCCUCGUUCCGAUCUUUGUCGGUGGGAAGUCCGGAGUACUCCUCCCUCCUGCUCACCAAGGCGGGUGCUCAUCAUCUCAUGUCGGAGGUGAUCGGAGAGCAAGCGCUAGUGGUUCCCCCGCACCAAAUGUCCAUCAUGCAAGCCUACGGCGGCCGCCACCCAAAUGUACUCCGGCCUCCAAAUCCUGCAAGCGAUGAUGCAGUAAUGACGAGAGCGAUGCUUGCUGCUAUCUCUUCACCUUCUACUUCUUCCUCUCCUCCAUCAUUUCUUUACCCGUCUCCGUGCCAAAGGCGAAGGAACCCAACAGUUGGGCCGUUUGAGCCCUAUAACCCAGCUCUUGCUCCAAAAAUCGGAUCCAACCCAGCAGUACAUGGACAGAAGAUGAUGAAAACGGCGAUCUCCAUCCUGAGGAGGAUAUAUGAGGUAAGAUAUGAAAAUCGAGUGCAGGAGGCACGGCCGACGAGCAACCAAUUACUUCAUAUGAUAUCAGAGCGCAAACGCCGAGAGAAGCUUAAUGAGAGCUUUCAUGCACUUAGAAUGCUACUACCACCGGGUACAAAGAAGGACAAGGCAUCAGUGCUUUCCAACACAAGGGAGUUUCUGAAUACUUUGAAAGCUCAAAUCUCUGAGCUUGAAGAGAGAAAUCGGAUGCUAGAAAUGCAGCUUCAGCCUCCUGAUGAAACUAAAGAAGUUGGUGAUUCAACAGAAACAAUAGAAAUUCAGAUAACCAGGGCCUCCGAAUCAACAUCACAAGCCCAAAGAAUCAACCUUAGAGUUACAGUUCGGGUAGAAUGUAAUAUGAUGGAUUUAGUUCUCAACAUUCUUGAAUGCCUGAAAGAGAUGGGAAAUAUCAGCUUGGUAUCAGUGGAUGCAAGCACGGGUUCACCACGAGUGAAUACGUUUGCACGCUCAAAUUUCACAUUACAGGUUCAGGCCAGUGAUUGGGACGAGGAGUCCUUCAAGGAAGCUGUGACCAGGGCGGUUGAUGGUGUGGUGGCUCGACCAGCAACCACGACUCCUUGACCUUCGUUCUCGGGAGGUUGGCCAUCAAUUUUGACCUAUCACUUUACCCAGUCCUAUGGCUCGAGCAAAGUUUCAAGCAAAUUGAAGGAGCGACAUGGAAUCCAAUUCUAUUCAAAGAUGGAAGAUCUAGACAAAGAAGCCAACAGAUUCUUGGACCCCAAAAAUUUGGAUGGAGAUGGGUGGUCGCUCUUUUGAUGGCUCGACCUCAUUAAAAGCCGUUUGAAUGGGUCGACUAAACUUAUCAGGCUGCAGUGAAGGAUGGAAAGCUCUCCGUAGCUUUAAUUUCCAUCUAUUGCCUACAAUUUUGCCCCUUGAUUAACGAUUAGGAAUAUGCGAGAGCUGAAUAUAAGAAUAUUUUGAUGUACUUUGGUGGCUAAAUGUUUCUUGUUUACGUUAAGAAUCCUCGAGACGCAGGAUUUGACUAACCAAUAGAAUUAG